AUGGCGGUGAAGAAGGGCCCGAACGCGCGAGGAGGACUCGUGUGGAAGACGCACGCGUUUUACAAGAUGUCUCAGACGCGACAGCGCAACGCCGCGAAAAACACCAAGCUCAUUCGCGAGGUGGACGAAACGCUCAAGCGCGCGGCCGCGCUCGAUCCCGCCCGCGCCGCCGCCGCGUCCACCGCCACCGUCACGAAGCUUUGA